AUGUUCAAACGAAAGAAAAACGCGGGACAGAAACGAACCACCAUAAUCGACUCGGAUUCGUCGUCCGAAGGCUCUGGAGAUGAAUCCGCGCUUUCCAGCGCCUUCAAACGCAGAAAAAACGAUACCCAGAAACGCACCACUCCAACAAGUGUUGCCACCUCCACCAAAGUGAGAGCUCCGUCUUUCUCUUCCACCAUUGACCAUUCCCAUUCCCGCAACCUAUCUAAAACUGACGAAGCAACCAAGGAGACAAUCCUGUACGCCAAAGACGACUCGGAUGACUCGCAAAAGUUGUCAAAGGGCCCAUACAAAGUCCCCUUCUCAAAACCCACUACCACUACCACAGUAGGACUAAAGGCUUCGUCCAAUAUCAAGAGCACCACAAGCCAAGAUUACCAACCGGACGUGUGUAAAGACUACAAACUGACGGGAUUCUGUGGAUACGGCGACUCGUGCAAGUUUCUGCACAUGAGAGAAGAUUACAAGGCAGGAUGGCAGAUUGAAAGAGAAUGGGAGAUCAAAAACAGAGAGGAUGACCCACCACGUGAUGCCGGAGGAGUGUCACGUGACGCAGACACCGCUACCUCGCGCGCCGACUCGGGUAUACCGGAUACAUGUCCCAUCUGUCAGGGGGAAUUCAAGAGUCCGGUUGUGACUCAGUGUUGUCACUACUUUUGCGAAAAGUGUUUUCUGGCCAAGCAUAAGAAGAAGCAAAACUGUUUUGUGUGUGGCAAGAACACCAAUGGUGUUUGUAAGCCCUUCAAGCGGUAG